AUGGAUCACACAAGUUCGAACAUACCCUCGAAAAGAGGUCACGAACUUGACCAGAAUUCACAAAACUCAGCAGUUCAGAAAAACAAAAGACAAGAUGUCUACAAAAACUCAGCUAUGGAUAUCGAUGAGGAUAUCGACGGUUCAGACGACCAACUAGAUAGCCAUUCAGAUAUCGGAUCUCCAUCGUAUUCACAACAAGGCCAUCAUGUGGACAACGACAGUAUUUGGCAGAAAACAGUUGAGAAAGUGGUCAAAUCGGUUGUUUCAAUCCAUUUUGCCCAGACAGCUAACUUUGAUUCCGAGCCGUCGUUAGUCAGCGAGGCCACUGGGUUCGUGGUGGACUCGGUAAGAGGUCUUAUUCUGACCAACAGGCACGUUGUUGGAGCUGGACCUUUUGUGGGAUAUGCUGUGUUUGACAACCACGAAGAAUGUGAGGUCAAACCCAUUUAUAGAGAUCCGGUUCACGAUUUCGGGUUUCUUCAGUUCGACCCAAAGGGUAUCAAGUAUAUGGAGGUGCAGGACCUGGAGCUUAGACCUGAGCUCGCUAAGGUGGGUUGCGAGAUCAGAGUUAUUGGUAAUGACUCAGGUGAAAAGCUCUCGAUUUUGGCAGGUUUCAUCUCGAGAUUGGACCGUAACUCGCCGGACUACGGUGGGAUGACUUUCAACGAUUUCAAUACCGAGUACAUCCAGGCAGCUGCAAGUGCGUCUGGGGGUUCUUCUGGAUCUCCAGUUGUCAAUAUCGAUGGUAAUGUUGUUGCUCUUCAAGCUGGUGGUAGUACUGAGUCAUCUACAGAUUUCUUUCUUCCGGUUUACAGAGUGUCCAGAGCCCUGAAGUGCAUCCAAAACGGAGAGCCCGUCACCAGAGGAUCCAUACAGGUGCAAUGGGCCUUGAAGCCCUUUGACAAAUGUCAGAGACUGGGAUUAAGACAAGACACAGAGAAGAGAAUGAGGGAAAAAUUUCCAGCCUUAAAUGGCUUACUGGUGGCCGAAGUCGUGCUUCCCCAGGGACCAGCAGAUACGCUUAUCCGAGAAGGAGACUGUCUGAUUUCCAUAAACAACAUUGACAUUUCCACCUUUAUCACCGUGGACGACAUUCUGGACUCUUCGGUAGGAAAAGUGAUCAAUGUCACUAUUCAGAGAGGUGGUGAAGAUAUCAGCUGUGAAUGCGUUGUGGGCAACCUUCAUGAUAUCACUCCAGACAGAUAUCUGACUGUUGCUGGGGCUUCUUUCAACUCGGUGAGUUACCAGAUGGCUCGUCUAUACGAUAUUCCUGUGAAAGGAGUCUUCUUGAACGAUGCGUCAGGUUCAUUUCUGUUUGAUGAGAACGAGAGGGUUGGUUGGAUUUUGGAUCUCGUCGAUGAGAAGGAGACUCCAGACUUGGACACAUUCAUUGAGAUUAUGAAACAAAUACCAGAUGAAACGUGGGUAUCGAUUCAAUGUCGUCAUUUGACCGAUUUGCAUGUGCCCAGAACGUCUGUUGCUUGCAUUAGAAGACGUUGGAACCCAGAGAUGAGAAUGGCUACGAGGAACGAUACCACUGGUUUGUGGGACUUUGAAACUUUACAAGAGCAUCCCCUACCACCAAAAACUAUUGUUCCACAUAAUGCCAAGUUCAUCGACAUUCCCACCGAUUUAGAGGGCUGUGCCUCAAUGGUGAGGAGCUUUGCCCUGGUGGGAUCCACCAUACCAUUCCCUCUCGAUGCCUAUCCAGGAGUAAGAGGAAAGACAUACGGUUUGGUUGUAGACGCAGCCAAGGGCUAUCUUGUGGUUUCCAGAUAUGCCAUUCCCCACGAUAUGGUGGAUAUCCAUGUCACCAUUGCCGAGUCCAUUGUGGUUCCAGGCAAGGUGAUCUUUCUGCAUCCUUCAAAGGGCUAUGCUAUCGUGAAGUACGAUCCAUCUCUGGUUCUAGCGCCCGUCACCACUCCCAAGUUCAGCAAGACGCCUCUGUUGAGAGGUGACAAGGUCAUCUUUGUUGGUUAUAAUAUGAAUUACAGGGUUGUGACGGAUGAGACUAAGGUGUCUGAUGUUGCCUGCUUGGGUGUUCCCAGCAACCCCACGGCCCCCAGAUACAGAGGUACCAAUCUGGAGGGUCUGCAGAUCGACUCUAAUCUCAGCUCUCAAUGUGGCUCGGGAGUUCUUUGUGAUACCGAUGGUACGGUUCGUGCGCUGUGGCUAACGUAUUUGGGUGAAAGGACUGGUGACUGUGAUGCUGUCUACAGACUGGGACUUGACAUCACCGAGAUUAACCCAAUAAUUGAAGAAUUAUCCAACGGAAGAGUCCCUGAUCUAAGAAUGAUCGACGCUGAGUUCACCACUAUUUCUAUUGCAGUUGCAAGAGUGAGAGGUGUUCCUGAAGAGUGGAUUCAAAAGAUGGAGGAGGACGACAGUGGAAAGGACCGUCUCCAGUUCAUCAUGGUACUUAGGUCCAGUGCUCAGCUCUCUGGAAAACCAUCCGUUAACCUAGUAGCCGGUGAUACUGUGCUUGCCAUCAAUGGCAAACGUGUGAGUAGGUUCAGGGACCUGGACGUGAUGCACACCAGUCAAGAGAUGACAUUCACGGUUGUGAGAAGAACGGAGAUAAUUGACGUUGUGGUGGAAUCUGAGCCACUAGACAGUUUCAACACCAACCAGGUGGUUUUCUGGGCAGGUGCCUGCAUCCAGGCUCCUCACCAUGGAGUCAGACAGUUGAUGAGAAACAUUCCUUCUGGUGUUUACUGCUCUGCCUCUACCAGUGGAUCACCUUCUAGGCAGUACGUCAUUGGAAUCACCAACUUCAUCACCCACGUGAACGAACAACCUACUCCUGAUCUCGAUUCUUUUCUGAAGGUGGUGAGAACCGUGGAGGACAACACAUACUGCAAAUUGCGCAUAGUGUCUUUUGACAAUGUGCCAUUUGCCCAGACCUUAAAGGUGAACUACCACUACUAUCCAACAGUCGAGUUCAAAAAAGAUGCCAAUGGCGACUGGAAGGAGCAGGAGCAUAAGCCAUGA